CAGAGAAUCCACACAGGGGAGAGGCCCUAUGAAUGCAGUGAGUGUGGGAAAACCUUCACUUACAGAUCAGCCCUUUCUCAACAUCAGAGAAUCCACACAGGGGAGAGGCCCUAUGAAUGCUGUGAGUGUGGGAAAACCUUCAAUUACAGAUCAGCCCUUUCUCAACAUCGGAGAAUCCACACAGGGGAGAGGCCCUAUGAAUGUCAUGAGUGUGGGAAAAGCUUCUCUAGCAGCUCAGCCCUUUCUCAACAUCAGAGAAUCCACACAGGGGAGAGGCCCUAUGAAUGCCGUGAGUGUGGGAAAAGCUUCAAUAGCAGCUCAGGCCUUUCUAAACAUCAGAGAAUCCACACAGGGGAGAGGCCCUUUUAUUGCAGUGAGUGUGGAAAAACCUUCACUUGCAGCUCAGCCCUUUCUAUUCAUCAGAGAAUCCACACAGGGGAGAGGCCCUAUGAAUGCCAUGAGUGUGGGAAAAGCUUCACUAGGAGCUCAGCCCUUUGUCAACAUCAGAGAAUCCACACAGGGGAGAGGCCCUAUGAAUGCCGUGAGUGUGGGAAAACCUUCAGUCGGAGUUCAGGCCUUUCUAAACAUCAGAGAAUCCACACAGGGGAGAGGCUCUUUGAUUGCAGUGAGUGUGGGAAAACCUUCACUUGCAGCUCAUCCUUUUCUGUUCAUCAGAGAAUCCACACAGGGGAGAGGCUCUUUGAUUGCAGUGAGUGUGGGAAAACCUUCACUUACAGAUCAGUCCUUUCUCAACAUCAGAGAAUCCACACAGGGGAGAGGCCCUAUGAAUGCCGUGAGUGUGGGAAAAGCUUCAUUAGCAGUUCAGGACUUUCUAAACAUCAGAGAAUCCACACAGGGGAGAGGCCCUUUUAUUGCAGUGAGUGUGGAAAAACCUUCACUAGCAGCUCAGCCUUUUCUGUUCAUCAGAGAAUCCACACAGGGGAGAGGCCCUAUGAAUGUCGUGAGUGUGGGAAAAGCUUUAUUACCAGCUCAGACCUUUCUAAACAUCAGAUAAUCCACACAGGGAAGAGGCCCUAUGAAUGUCAUGAGUGUGGGAAAAGCUUCUCUAGCAGCUCAGGCCUUUCUAAACAUCACAAAAUCCACACCGGUGAGAGACCUUAUAAAUGCAGUGAGUGUGGGAAAACC